ACUGUUAUGAUGAGUGCCCCAGUGGGAUUAGGUGGAAUCUCAGUUGGUUUUCUGUGGAAAAUGCCUAAAAUCAUAUUUCAGGUUUUUGGGUCCAAGCUUCACAAACUAUUGUUUUUGCUAUUUGCUAGUUGUUUUAGCAGAAUGGUUUGGCUGCUGUUAACCUUUUGAGAUAAAAUUAAGAAUCGUCUUUACUGGAGUGUUUGUAGGAAUAUACUUAUUUUAUGUUUUUUAAAAAUUGCUUUAAAAAAUCAUUAUCAUUUUAAGGAAUAAUAAGGUAAGUUUUAAGCGCAUCCAAAUUACAUCUUGAUGUUUGAAAAGGAGAUUCUUCAAAAGAGAAAAAGCAGAGAAAUGGCACGAGAGAAGUGGGAAAAUGGAAGUAGUGGUGGUGGGAUUCCAAAAACCAAAACAUAUAAUAGUGGGUAUGAGCAUAUGACCCACACCCUAGUCAUAACCAUGUGCCACUUUGUACUGAUUGCAGUUAAAACUUGUGUUUUCUAGGAUCUUUCUCUCUACACGCACCUCUGCACCAUUGGACGUGUCAUGGCCCAUGGUUCUCACCCCACAGUGGAACCACCCAUUGGGAAAAACAAAAAAAAUCAAUGAAAUUUUCUUACUGUAAUUCUGUUUUAUAGUUAUUUUUACAAACUGGGAAGUAUUUGUGGGUUAGAACUGAUUCUUUCUAACUGUUAUGACAAGAUCAAUGUCAUUUUCAAAAUCAAUUCACCUUUAUGGAAUGAAAUUAUUUACACAACAACAAUAAGAACCGAGCUGGAACCGAGCUGGACCCAACCAUUCCCCUGUAUUAUUAACAAUCAUUUGCCAUUUCUGAAUUUUAAUUCGAAAAUAUAAGAGGAAAAAGAAAAAACAAAAAAAGGAAAGUAGGGUCACGUGAAGAGAUAAGGAAGGAAAAAACACUGACAGCAACAAGUGAAAGUCUUUCAGUUCCCUAACGUUGUUCAACGAAUGUUUUUAUGUAUUUUAUCAGAAAAAACAAAAAGGAAAGAAAGAACGAGAAAAAAAGUCUCCGCGGUCGCUUGUGACAGAAGCCACUCUCACUGAACUCUAAGGACUGUGGACCAGCCCACCCAUUAAUGCUCCUGUCUGAUGUCUCGACCUUUUUAUUUUCCUAUUUUAAAAUAUUUAUACUAAUUAAAAAUGAAUAUACGAAAUUGGUAAAUGUAUUGAUAAAAGCAAAGGCUCUAAAAUGCUAGAAAAGUCAAACAAGGUGGGCGAUUGGUUCAUGAUUAAGGCCACGUGGACGGCUACGAUGGGUCGGGGUUCUAACUUCCCACAGAGGUGAAAAUUCAAAAAGAAUAUAUAAUUUUUCAAAAUUGUACUUGAUUGGGAAGCAAUUAUAAUUAGUACAAGCAUGCAUAACGGAUUAUCACUAAUUAAGAAUUAGUUAGAUUUAACCAACGUCAUCAGUCAAACGCCUUCACUGACUAGUCGGUUAUGUAAUCAUGCCACUCACGUGAGGAACGCACUCUCUCCGAUGCGUGACUGCACGCUCUGUGGUGUGGGGCGUGGGUGGAGUUGUGCAUGGUGAGUGUUUCUUGCGCUCUUUUACCGGGCCAAAGUGCCACGCGCCAGAAUGGAGAUGCGGCGUGCCGUUUUGGAAUCUCCGGCGAGAACCGGUCCUGUAGUAGGAAUUUAGAUAUUGUUUAAAAAAAAUACAAAAGAAGAAAAUCUCCAUUUUUUAAAUUAAAAACGAAAAAAAAAAAAAAAAACCAAAAAAAGUAAAAGACUUACCGAAGAUCCUCUUCGUUCCCCUCUAUAAAACAGCGAUUCUUCUCCUUUCCCUCUUCCCUGCCACUCGACUCAGCUCAGCUCAGCUCACCUUCUGCUUUCCCUCUUGUCUGCUUUUUGUCUAAAUCUUGGGAAAAUUUUCUGUUUUGUUCUUUUCCGUUCAGCUUUAGAUUUGUUGUUAGUGGGAAUGGACGGAAAAUCAACGGCUUCGACGCCGGUGAAGUACACGGAGCACCGGAGCGUUACGAGUAAGGUGGUGAAGGUUCCGCUUGGGAAGGAGAAGAGGUGCAGCAAUGGCGGAACUAGGAGAGUGAUUAGGAUUUCGGUUACGGAUGCUGAUGCGACGGACUCUGACGAAGAGGAGGAGGAGUAUUGCCGAGUGAGAGUGAAAAAGCAUGUAAACGAGAUCAGAGUCGUGGAAGCGACGAGAGCGGAGCGGAUGAAGUGUCGGGAGGCAGAGAAGGUUUCGAAUCGGAGUCAGGUGAGUGGCGGCAAGAAGUUUCGUGGCGUCCGGCAGCGGCCGUGGGGGCGGUGGGCGGCGGAGAUCAGAGAUCCGUCGCGGCGAGGCAGGUUGUGGCUCGGAACCUACGAUACUGCGGAGGAAGCGGCCAUGGUUUACGAUGAUGCCGCGAUUCGAAUCAGAGGUCCCGAUGCUCUCACCAACUUCGCGAAGCCGCCGCCGAAAACCAUCCCCCCGGAGAUCAACCCCUCAGUUUCCGGCUAUGACUCCGGCAGAGACUCCCGGAGUGUUUGCUCUCCUACAUCAGUUCUUCGCUUUCAGUCCAGCGAAGAACCUCAGUCGCAGUCGCAAUCGCAACCAGAGAGCGACUGGAGACCGCUUUGGGAGGUUAAAGAAGAAGCAACUUUUGCACAUGAUUUUUGCCUGAUAGAUUCAAACUCUCACCUGGAGACCGAAUGGAGGCCUGUUGAGCAGGUAAUGGAAAUGUUGAAUGAGUGCUUCGUGAACGAGUUUCAAACUCCGGCACCGAUAUGCUUCGAAGAAAUGAACAUACCGGACAUGAUUUUGGCCGAAAGUAUCGGCGGCGAUAUUUCGGUUCGGUUAGACGAGGAUAUCGGGUCUUGUACCUGGGACGUAGACGCUUACUAUGAAGAUUCUAUUUUACUUCUGUGAGAUUUUUUUUCUUUUUCUUUUUGUGAUUUUUUCGUUUGAGGUAUAUAUAUUUAUAUAUAUAUAUAUAUACAUAUAUUUAUUUAUUUUUUUAAUGAGGCUGAAGUGAAAAAAUCUUGUGGCUUGUGUUAAGAUUUGAGUUUAAUUUUGGAUGGACAUCUCUAUUUUUGUUUUGGAGUGUGUUCAAGUAAAG